AUGAUGGCCGCUCCCCCCGUCAAGGUGGACCCCGAGGUCUUCGUCCCGCCGCCCGCGCGCCCGGGAUGCGACUGCCAGGUGUGCAACCCCCCGGGGUACACCGGCCAGCCGGACGCCCCGAACAGCCGCGAGCGCCUCAGCUCCUUCCAGGCGUACAAGCUCGUCAAGCUCGAGCCCGACGGCACGCGCCGCCCGCUGAGCAGCACCGAGAUUAAGGAGUUCGAAAAGUCGCACGCGAGCCAGUGCGAGUGGAACUCCUCGCGCGGCGGCCAGAAGCAGUGGCAGAAGCAGUGCCUGGCGAUCAUCAAGAAGCUCCGCUCGCAGCGUAAGCAGGCGUGGGCUUUCAACGAGCCCGUCGAUCCCGUCGCGCUCAACAUCCCCGACUACCCCGACAUCAUCAAGCACCCGAUGGAUCUCGCCACCUUGGAGGGCCUGCUCGUCUCGGGCGCCAUCGAGACCCCGGAUCAGUUCGUGGCGGAGAUGCGGACCAUCUUCCGCAACUCCUACGUGUACAACAGGCCCGGGAGCGGGGACCUCGUGUACGAGAGCGCCGAGAAGCUCUCGCUCUCCUUCGAGAAGGAGCUCCUCAAGAUGUGA